UGGAGCUCGUGAAAGGUUGUGUCAUUAUCAGCGAUGACAUACCACGUGGGUUCUGAUCAACUGAUAAGAGGUGAAUGUGGCUGAGAAUGCUCAGAAAAAUAAAGUGGGAGAUAAGCUGAGCAAAGCACAUUAAAUCUGAUGAAAUUUCUAAUCUGUCAUCCCCCACUCUACGCUUCCAACACCUCUCGCUAAAUCAUCAACAGCUGCUUUGAGCAUCACUCCACUCACCAACAAGAAAUGGCCGAAGGAGUUCUCUUCGACACUGCUACGAAUAUCAUUAAAAGUUUGGGCCCUCUUAUUCGCCAAGAGAUUGGGCUGCUCUGGGGUUUUAAAGAUGAGGUUCAAAAGAUCCGGAACACGGUUUCCACCAUCCAAGCCGAGCUUUUGGAUGCGGAGGAGCAGCAGGACAAUAACCAUGCCGUCAAAGAUUGGCUUGAAAAACUGAAGGAUGUCAUGUACGACGUCGAUGACUUGCUGGAUGACUACUCCACUAAACUUCUGCGCCAACAAGUGAUGACACGGGAUAAGAAGAUGGCAAAACAGGUAUGCAUCUUCUUUUCCAAUUCGAACCAACUUGUAUAUGGCCUUAAAAUGGGUCAUAGGAUCAAGGCAGUUAGGACGAGAUUAGAUGACAUCGCAGCUAAUAGGAGCAAAUUUAGCUUCACUAAGCGCCAUCUUGAGCAUAAGAGGAGAGAAGAUACACACUCUUUUGUACCUGACCAAGAAGUUAUUGGGAGAGAGGCUGACAAAAAGGCUAUUAAAGAUCAAUUGUUAUUGGAUUCUAAUGUGAAAGGGAACAUUUCCAUCAUUCCCAUAGUCGGGAUUGGUGGACUAGGCAAGACCACGCUUGCUCAACAUGUGUUCAAUGACGACGAGGUCAAAAGACAUUUUGAUCUUAUGAUAUGGGUGUGCAUCUCUGAUCCUUUUGACGUGAAAGCUAUUGUUCAAAAGAUCAUAGAAUGCGCAACUGGAAUAAGACCCGAAAGCCUUGAGAUGGAUUUGUUGCAACGUCAGCUUCGAGAAAAAAUUGAUGGGAAGCGAUAUUUACUUGUUUUAGACGAUGUAUGGAAUGAAGAUCGUGAUACAUGGUUGAGAUUGGAAACACUAUUAUUGGGUGGCCUGAGAGGAAGCAAAGUUUUGAUUACUACACGUAGCAUAAAAGUUGCAAAUAUUACAAGCGCAAUGUCACCGUAUCUUUUGGAAGGUCUAUCUGAAAGCAAUUCUUGGAAUUUAUUUAAGAGAAUGGCAUUUAAAGACGAGGAAGAGCUAAAGAAUCCAAAGCUAGUAGAAAUUGGAAGGGAGAUCAUACAAAAGUGUGCACAAGUUCCUCUUGCUAUUAGGAGCAUAGCAAGUCUAUUAUACUUCGACAACUCAGAAGCUUAUUGGUUGUCUUUUAAAAACAAUGCACUUUACAAAAUAACUCAACAAGAGAGAGGUAUUUUCCCAAUACUUAAGUUGAGUUAUGAUCAUCUCCCGCCACACUUGAAGCAAUGUUUUGCCUUUUGUUCAUUAUUUCCAAAAGAUUCUAAAAUUAAAGUGGAGGUGUUGAUUCAACUAUGGAUAGCUCAAGGCUUUAUUCAUUCAUCAAAUUUAAACAAAUGUCUUGAAGAUGUUGGUCGCGAGUAUUUUAAGGAUUUGCUUUGGCGGUCAUUUUUCCAAGACAUAAAUACAAAUAAAUUUGGGGAUAUUUGUGAAUGCAAAAUGCAUGACCUUAUUCAUGAUCUUGCACAGUCAGUAGCGGGAGUCGAGUCCAUAAUUUCAACUCCAGAUGCAAAAAAUGUAGUUGAAAGAACUCGGCAUGUGGCAUUUGAUUCUUUAAAUUCAUUAAGGGAUAUUCCAGCUCCCUUGCUCAAGGCAGACAGAAUGAGAUCGUUUUUGCUGCGCCCUCCAGGAGAUGAAUAUUUUGGAUCAAGAGUACUUGAGGGGAAUAAGCAAGUAUAUGAUACACUUAUUUCAGGUUUUAAAUGCUUGCGUGCCUUGACUUUGAUUAAGUCGAAUAUUGAAGAAGUGCCGAAUUUCAUUGGAAAGUUAAAGCAUCUAAGAUUUCUUAAUCUUUCUUGGAAUAAAGAUAUAAAACUACUCCCCACUUCUAUGACUAAAUUACAGAAUUUGCAAACACUAAGACUUGAUUUUUGUAGUGGGCUUGAAGAAUUGCCUGAAGACACUAGAAACUUGAUCAGCCUUAGGCAUCUUACACUUUGUGGGUGUGACAACUUGACUCAUAUGCCGCAUGGACUGGGAAAGUUGACUGCUCUUCAAACAUUGACGAUGUACAAUUUAGGGAGGAGGGAAAGUUCUGUUCCAAAGCAAAAGGGUGGGCUACACGAGCUAGGUGGUUUAAAUGAGUUGGGUAGAAAUUUAUGUAUCACGGGUUUAGAGCACUUGAGAUCUUCUCUAUCAGAAGCCGAGGCUGCAAACUUGAAGACGAAGCAACACCUUCGAAUAUUGAAAUUAAAGUGGGACCCAGAAGCUGGUGAUGACAGUGGAAUGGCAAUUGCAAACGAUGAACAACUGUUAGAAAACCUUCGGCCAUGCCAAAAUUUGGAAUACUUUGAAAUAAAUGGGUAUGCAGGUGUGAGGUUAUCUAGCUGGCUGUCCUCCCUAUCGAAAUUGGUUGAUAUUACCAUAGGCAAUUGUAAAUGGUGUCAACACAUCCCACCAUUGGACCGAUUCCCUUCUCUUGAUAGACUUUCUCUUGAAAACUUGAUUGCGCUGGAGUACAUAAUCAAUGAUGAUAGUGACGUGUCCUCUUUUCCCCUCACAUAUCUCCGUCUUAAGAAUUUGCCCAAGUUGAAGGGAUGGUGGAGGAUGAGGGAAACAGUAACAGCAGAGCAUGAACGACAUCAUCGUCUUCCAUUAUUCCCAUUAUUUCCUUGCCUUUCUUUUUUACUUAUCGAGAAUUGCCCUAUGAAUAUGAUGUCUCUAAUACCAGUCGUAACACCAGGGAGGCAAACAACACCCUCCACUUCCUCUCUCUUUUCCCAUCUCUCUAAAUUGAAGACUCUUGUUCUUAAGAGAUUAGAGGAACUUGAAUAUCUUCCAGAGGAGUGGCUGCAAAAACUCACUUCCCUUAAGACAGUCAAUAUUUCGCAAUGUCGUAAACUGCGAGUAAAACUGUCUCCACUCUUUCAACAACUCACUGCGCUUGAAUAUCUGUGGAUUGAUGACAUCACGGAACUUAUCAGCAAUGAGGAUGACGAGGGCGCACAAUGCCUUGGACCCACAGCACUUCGUAAACUAUAUAUAUUAAAUGUUAGAAGCUUGGUGUCUCUCCCAACGGCGAUUAGACAUUUUACCACUUUGCGAGAUCUUUCCAUUGGGGACUGCCCUAGUUUGAUGUCUUUACCGGAGGGGAUAGGUGACCUCAAUUCACUUGAGAUGCUUUCCUUUGUGAACUGCCCUAGUUUAAUAUCACUGCCUGAAGGUAUGCACCCAGGGGCGGACCUACAGCUAGUGUUGGGGGGACGAAUGUCCCCCCAAAAUCUUUCAAAAUUUUCUUAAUUGCCUUAAAAAUCUACCCAUUUUAUAAAUUUGUCCCUCCAAAAUGAUAUUUUGUCCCCCCAAAAUAAUAUUUGUAUCUCCUUUUAAUUUUUUCUCUUAGUUUUGCUCCCCCAAAAUAAUAUAUGUGUCCAUUUUAAUUAUUUUUUAUAGUUUUGCUCCCCCCAAAAAAAUAAUAUUUGUUUUCCCUUUAUUUAUUUAUUUUAUUUUAUUUUUUAAAAACCUUGCACCCUCCUUCAAUAUAAAAAACCUAAAAUACCCAAUUCAUUUAGUUUCCCUCUAUAUUCUAGUUCGCUUCUAAUUAAAAACUCAAUUGGAUUUAGGACUUUGAUUGAAUAUGUGAAUGAAAAAAGUUAAAUGAUUUGGGAUCUUUGAAUAGCUUCUAACCAACAAUCAAAAAAAAAAAAAAAAAACCCAACAACCAGUUUUUUGAAUAGUUAUUUUGACAUCAUUUAGGUUUAUAAUAUUUGUUUUGACAUCACAAAUUAAAUGGUUUAAUCAUUUAUGAUUGCACCAUUGUUUGACUUAACUUUUAGCAUUUCUUUUCUUGUUAUUUGGGGCUUGUGGGGAUUGUUACGAAAAAUAGUUAACGCUCAAAGGUACUUUUUUUCUUAGACCCUAUAAAUCGUGUUUAAUUUAUUUUGCUAAUUUUUUUUUUAAAAAUAUAUAUAUUUUUUAUUCUAUGCUAUUUUGCUAGUUUUUUAUAUUAUUAUGUAUUUGUGAUGCCAUGAGAUUAGAUGUAACACUUUUAUACUUUUAUUUUAUACAAACAUACAUAUAAAGAGAUUAUGUGUAUCUAUAUGCUUUUGUAUUUAUACGAGUCCGUCCAUUUCCCCAAGCCAAAAAAAAAUUCCGUCCCCCCAUACCUCAAAUCCUAGUUCCGCCCCUGUAUGCACCGCCUCACCACUUUACGUUAUUUGAGAAUUGUGGGGUGUCCUCACUUGGAGAAAAGAUGUAAACAAGGAACAGGAGAGGAUUGGCCAAAGAUUGCUCACGUCCAAGACUUUUCGAAUCAGUGGUAAUUUUGAGUCACCAAUUAGACGGUAAUUUUCUUCUUCUUCUUGUUCAUCUUUGUUUUACUCUAUCAGGAUUUUGAUCUAUAUUAUUUGAUUUCAUAUGUGGAACCAACUGUAGACAGAUUUUCACACCUUGCCGACAAUCAGAUUUGAACAAAGCUCUCAAAUUUUCACAGAGACAAGCAUUAAAAAAGCAUCAAUUCAUGAAAUGGGUGUGAGAUUCUUUGGGGGGAUUUAUGCAAUUUGCUUAGAUGUGUCAGCCUCACUUGUAGACAAUAUACAGAGGACUUCCAUGCUGAGGAAGAUCGGGGAGAUAUGCGUAGAAAAGCAUCAAUUCAUGAAAUUGGUGUAGAUUCAUUUUGGCGAUUUAUGCAAUUUGCUCAUAUAUGUCAGCCUCACUUGUAGACAAAACAAUGGACAAUAUACAGAGCCCUUCCAGGAUGAGGAAGAUCGGGUUCUAACUUGUUUAGCUCUCUGAUGCAGCUCCUGAUUCCGUUUACACAGGUCACACUAUUUUUCUGGCCGGGUCUGCAAGGAAUGCUUACUUAUCUUCAAGUGUAAUUGGUUGCUUCAACCACUCUGUUUAUGUAUCUAUUGUUAGUGCAGCGCUUUCGUUAGUGCUGCCUUUCCAUUUAUUCUUUGGAAUUUAUAUUCAUGGUUUUGUUAUAUCUAAAUAGGCUUUAAUAAAAUUCAGUGUGUUGAAGAUUCA